CCUCCAACCGAGUCCCGCAAUUGAUUUGCGCGCUAUCUCGUCUCACAGUCUCUACCCUCUCUUCCUCGCGCCCGCAGCACUCUCUCUGCGCCGAUAUCUCAUAAUUUCCUGCAUUCAUGCCCAUCGCGCGCCGCUCGCGCCGCGACGCGCCCUGGGUGCCUUUGACAUCGGCCCUGCGCACAGGGAGUGUCGGCCCAGGCGGCGCCCCGGCGAGAGCGGCUGGCAUUUGGGGGAACAAUGGCAAACGCGGCGCGGGUCCGUCCUCCGUCUCAAGCACGCGCCCCGCACCCGCUGGCGGCACGUUGGUUAAGCGACAGACCGACGCAACCCAAGGUCAGACCACCGACAUGUCUACGCCAGCCACAGAGGCCGCGUCCGAUACCGACACCAGCCCCGCUACGACCACGAGGGAAUCUUCACCGACCGACACUAGAACGGCGGCCGACAGGACUUCUCGCGCUACCACGGAGGCUCCGAUUAGUGAACCGUCGACGCGCGAAACCGGCUCCGAUUCAGACCCCCUCACAAGUCUGUUCCCGUCCACGGAGAUGCCCACAUCGAUAUCGACACCGCGUCCGACGAGCGAGACUUCGGAGAGCACCAGCGAGCCGUCCAGUACGUCCAGAUCAGACCCGACGUCUACUUCAUCGGAGGACACGUCCUCGAGUGCACCUACGGAGUCGACAACACCGUCUAGUGAGACGACGACUGAUGCGCCCUCGACUACAACCAGUGGCGAGUCAAGCACUUCAACAUCCCGCCCGACCUCUAGUGGCCCUCCAGAGUCGAGCUCAACAGCUACCACGAGCUCUUCGGAACCGUCAAGCUCCACCUCAGAGCCGUCCACCAGCUCGCGGGAACCCUCGACCACUUCGUCAGAUGUGACGUCCACAAUUGGCACCUCAACUUCCUCCGGUUCCACAUCCUCGAGCACGCAGGCCUCGUCGUCGACUUCCCAAUCAUCAGGUUCUCCGACAUCUAGCGCACAAUCAACGAGCGGGACCUCAUCGGGUCCCCCAUCAUCAAGCUCUUCUUACCCGGGCACCUCGUCAAGCAGUUUCACGUCAUCGUCGCCAUCCUCUAGCGCCACGACCGCAUCUACGUCUGUUUCGUCCAGUUCAUCGCUUUCCACCUCGUAUUCUGAAUCGCUGUCGACCUCGCUCUCGUCCACGCAAUCAAUAUCUUAUACCUCAUCAACUUAUUCCCCGUCUUCUUCCUGGUCUUCUUCUACAGUAUCGCCAUCCUCCUCCGACACACCGUCGUCCUCAACGCGCACAUCAUCUCGUGAGCCCACAACGACUUCAGAGCACACGACAUCGACCUCGUCUCAUUCAUGGUCGUCAACAUCUACUUGGACGUCGACAUAUGUGACAACACAUUUGUACACCAGUACCGAGGUUGUCGAGGGGGGCACGCACACUGUCGCGCACACCAGUGUCAGCACAAUCACGCAAACCGGCGUCCUUGGUACCAAUCCUGCAGAGGACUCGCAUGGGUAAGGAUCACCUUUAAUCUCGCUUGCACUUAGCCUGACCCUCUAUCACCUAGAUUUGAUAAGAACACCGGUGCAAUCGUUGGCGU